CAUGGCGGCGCCCCGCACCGUGGACGGAGUGGAGGCUGAAAACACUGAAAUCAGCUUGACACUUUCAAAUCCUUCCUCUGAAGACACCAAAAGGCCUCAGUUCGGGACACGCUUCCUUACAGACCCGCGGCAGGUCUUCCAGCACAACGCAUGGGACAAUGUUGAGUGGACUGAUGAACAGGAAGAAGCUGCAAAGAAGAAAGUUUCCGAAAACAAUCAGCCCUUGCCUCUAGAAAAACAAGAGGAGUACAACAGUCGGGCCAGUGAAUACUGGAAUGAGUUUUACACGAUACAUGAGAAUCGCUUCUUUAAAGACCGUCACUGGCUCUUCACAGAGUUUCCAGAGCUUGCCCCACAGCGUAACCUGAACCUCGAAUCUCAACCAAACAACUCGGGCGUGGACAGCAGCCAUCGGGAUGGAUUUGAACAAAAACAAUGCAGGGAUUUUGCAGCUUUGUCUGGUGACAACUGUGACUUUCCAGGCUCCUCUGCCACAUAUCGCAUCCUGGAGGUUGGUUGUGGUGUGGGCAACACAGUUUUCCCAAUACUCAAGACCAACAAUGACCCUGGACUUUUUGUUUAUUGCUGUGAUUUCUCCAGCACUGCUGUGGAUUUAGUGAAGACUAAUCCAGAGUAUGAUUUGAACCGCUGCUUUGUCUUUGUUCACGACUUGAGCGAUGUCGAGGCCAGCUUCCCCAUCCCUGAUGGAUCCCUUGAUAUUAUUGUGCUGAUCUUUGUGCUGUCGGCACUGCAUCCCGACCAGAUGCAGGCCUCCAUCAGUAGAUUAGCAAGUCUGUUGAAACCAGGUGGUGUGAUUCUGCUGAGGGAUUAUGGACGCUAUGAUAUGGCACAACUGCGCUUCAAAAAAGGGAGAUGUCUGUCAGAAAACUUUUACGUCAGAGGGGACGGAACACGAGUUUAUUUCUUUACUCAGGAUGAGCUUCAUGAGUUGUUUGCAGAGGCUGGGCUUGAAAAAGUGCAGAACCUUGUGGACAGGCGGCUGCAGGUGAACAGAGGGAAACAGCUCACCAUGUACAGGGUUUGGAUCCAGUGCAAGUACCGCAAGCCUUGUUGAGAAAUAAGGGGAGAUGAGAGGAAGAAUCCUCCAAAGAUUACAGCUUUUUCCAGAAGACAUUUUGAACAAUGGGAUAUUGAUGACUUUCCUCCUGAUGAGUUGUGUAAUCUGAAAAAGAACUGGUAACCAAGAUACUGGUUUUAAUCUGCAAAUUUUUCAAAAUACAUUGCAUGACUUUU